UGUAAUCUUUCUAAAUUAUUGUCAUUGUGAUGCUGCCACAGGCUCCAGUAUACUCCCUGUGCUUCUCAGUGGAGGGGAGGUUUCUGGCAUCAGCAGGUGCAGACUCAAGAGUCCUACUGUGGGACCUGGCUCAUGGCCACCUUCUGGCAGAACUGACAGGCCACAAGGGUCCCAUUCACACCCUUGCCUUUAGUCGAGAUGGACACAUCCUCACAUCAGGCUCACAGGACUGUUCAGUUAAGCUCUGGGACUUCUCACGGCUUGCAGAGGAGAUGGUGCUCGAGGAUGUUGAUGUCUCACACAAUCCAGACAUCAAAAAUAGUGGCAGUUAUUCACUGCGAUCAUAUGGCACAAAGAACUCUGCUGGUCUCCAUUUGCAUCUUACGAGGCGCAAUGUACUGCUGACUGUUGGAAUAUAUGAAGGUUCUUAAUGCUAAUAUACAGAAUGAUUAACUCCAUGGCACAUGCUCUUCCUUGAAACUUUGGUACGUAGCUGGUUCAGAAGUCCAAUAUCUUUUAUGGAAGCAGAAAAUUCAUCACCAUAUUCACAAAAGUCAACAAUUGUGUUCUGUUCUAAGUCAGUUCAGUCUAGUCCAUACCUCCUCUGUUUCUCUAGUAUUAAUUUAAAUAUUAUCCUCCCAUCCAUAUCUAGGUGGAUCAAGUAGUCUCUUCCCCAGAGAUCUCUUGACCAAAAUUUUGAAACCCUCACCAUGGUGUCCAGUUACUCCUCCUCCGCCUGCCUGCCCUUUGCAAUUUAAAAAAAAAAAGGACUUGGGGUGGAAAGGCAUAUGUUUUGAAUGCUUGGAAUGUCAGUGAUGAAUGCAGGAGGCAAGGGAAUGCAAAGAGCUAAUUAACGUUUAUUAUAUAGGAAUAGGGAAUUUAAACCUCAGAGGCUUGGGGCCAGAUCUUAACUCGUAGGUUUUAACUAUUAGUAGUAUUGUCAUGCAGUAUGUGUGACUCUCAGCUGGGUUUUGGGUUGAUGACUUGAUUUAUUGAUCACUUACAGGUUUGAACUAUAAAUAACUAUAAUACUAUCACUAUUUCCACAGUUUAUAAUUCACUAGAGCACACAGUCUUGUGUUCUUAGCCUGUUAUUAGAUGUUUCCUGGUAACGGCUCCAACAAUAGCUAUUCCUAUGCCGCUGGCUCAAGUCUUCUCUUCACAGACUCCCGUACAGAACUGACUAUCAGCUGACUUUGUCCCUUGCUUAUAACAUCUUGGCAUGGACCAUGUAAAAAACACAGCUCUUACACUGUUGUAGUCAAACUGUUGCUUUAUUAAGAAUCUACUGCCUAGCAAUGGGAAGGUUUUCAUCGAGCCGUUUCCCAGAAACAGCUCUUGUAUAUCCUAACGUCUUAUAGUCACCGCAUAGCAACCACCGUACACGCUACAGUAUUAUGUUCUGAACUGAUAUGUUGCAUUGCCAGAAAAGAUUUUAUCAAUUUUUGUCACCAUGAUAGCUUCAAGAUUGAUAUGAUAUUAGUAUUGAAAACAAGUAUUCUAGUAACAAGUUUUUGAAAAUGUAUAACAUUACCAGAGUGUGUACUGUAAUUUUUAACUGAUAUAAAAAUCAUUCUUUCCAAAGAA